AUGAUGGUCAAACCCGAGGGCGCGGAGGACGACGUCGACGUCCCAACGCGGCGGCCGAAGACGGUCGUCGGCGCGUUCACCGCCGCGAUGGAGGCGUCCGACGACGACGACGACGACGACGCGGCGGCGGCGGAAAACGACGGCGCGCGCGAUGGGGAGGCGAGAGGGUCCCUCGGCGACGACGACGACGCCGGCGCCGCGGCGAACGCGGCGGCGAACGCGGCGGCGAACGCCAAGGACGACGAGGAGGACGACGAGGAGGAUGACGACGACGACGACGCGCGCGGCGCCGCCGAGGUCAAGACCGAGGGCGGCGUCGGCGGCGGGGACGACAUGGACGAGGGCGCGGACAUGCUCAUGCUCCUCGGCGAGCUCGGCGCCGCGGCGGCCGGCGGCGGCGACGACGGCGAUGGCGACGCCGCCGCCGCCUCCGCGCCGGCGGGCGCGAAGUCGCCGAAGAGCCCGGGGGGCGCGAACAAGCGCAAGGGCGGCGGCGGGGGCGGUAAGCCGGGAACUUCCGGCGCGAAGCCGCAGGGAGGCGGCGGCGGCGGCGGCGGCGGCGGCGGCGCGGGCGCGGGCGCGGGCGGCGCCCCCGGAGAGGGCGUCUCCGGCCCCGUCGGCGAGUGGCUCAAAGCCGAGGGCGAGGCGCGAAUGAAGAUGGCGGACCACCGUCGUCUGAUCUACCGCUGGACGAACGCCAUCUAUCGGCUGCUCGGAAUGAAAAUUCCGCGCGGCAUGGGGUCGCUGUUCGACAAGGGCGAGAAGAACAAGCGCGAAAAGUUCGACCGCUUCCUGUCCUACUACUACGGCACGGAGACGUUCGAGCCCGGGACGUACUGGUACAACAACGCGGACACGAUACAGUUCUUCAUCGAGCUCGUGAGGAUCGCGACGAGGAACAAGACGACGCUCGAGCCCAUCACGAUCCAGAAGCUCUUCAGGAAGAAGGACCCGACGCGGCAGGCGAGCACGUGGAUCAUGGUCCAGGAGGAGCUCGACAAGACGUCCGUCACCGCGGCGGAUCUGAGGGCGCUGUUCGAGGGGCCGCCGAGGGUGGAGCACGGGUUCCCGCGCGGGCGACCUCUGUUCGUGCCGAUCCCGAAGAACCCGAAGGGGCACCACAAGUACAACAAAACCGGCGAGAACGGGGAGUCCGUGCCGACGUCGCCGGCGCCGCCGCCGAAGGAAAAGAAGGAACGCGGCGGCGGGAAGUCGUCGACGAAUGCGGCGAACCGGGCGGCGACCGCGAACCAGGCCGCGGCGAACGCGGCGAACGCGGCGAACGCCCAUAGCGUGGCGGCGGCGGCGGCGGCGGCGAUGGCGGGGUUCGGCGCCGCGGGCGGCGUCGACUUCGCCGCCGCCGCCGCCGCCGCGGCGCGCGCGCACGCCGCCGCGGUGCACCAACACGCGCACGUCGCCGCCGCGCACACGAACGCGCUCGCCGCGCACGAGGCCAUGCUCCGGCAGUUCGCGUCCGCGGUUCCAAACGCGUCGGGGAUCGCGACGCCGUCCGCGCAAACACGCGUGGUGUACGACCCCGCGACGUCGGCGGCGAUGAACCACGCGCAGCGACAAAACUCGCUCGCCGCGCUUCUCUCCGGGUCUACAUUCUCUGGGAAAAAUGACGUAUCGAGGACGCCGUCGAGGGACAUGUCCGGCGUCCUCGCGGGGGAGAUUUUAGCCGCGGCGAGCGCGCCAGGGGCGUGCGAGGGGAUCACGCUCGCGCCCGGGUCGUCGCCGGUGGGUGGGAACGUCGCGACGUUCGGCGGCGGCGCGCGGCGCGUCCGCGGCGACGGCGACGGCGGCGGUACAGCUGGCGGCAAGCGGCGGAAACUGGACGGCGCCGGGUCGACGCACCACGCGCCGUUGCUGCGACGGAUGGAGUCGAACGGUGACGACGAAUUCGGCGACGAGCCGUUAAACUAUCCGGAGACGCCCGCCGCGCCGACGCGUCUGGUCGGCGACAUCUUCUUCGGCGUCUUAGGCGACGUCUUGGGCAAGGUGUUUAACCUGAAGACGUCCUUCGGCCCCACCGUCUCGGGCGCCACCGCGUGCGAGGAGGGCCGCGAGAGGCUCGCGACGCUCGCGGAGGAGCUCGCGAAGAAGCUCCCGGACCUCUCGGGCGCCGCGGAGGACGCGUCGAGCGACGGCGGCGGCGUCCGCGGCGGACGCGCGACGAGGGAGCCCACCGUCGAUCGAACCGCGCUGAACGCGGAGGUGGACUCCGUCGUCGUCGCGAGCAAGGCGGCGGAGACGGCGUGGCGGCGGUACACCGAGGCGACGACGCGCGCCGCGCAGAGCGCGCGACGCGCGAAGGUGGCCGCGGGGAGAUGCGACGCCGCGAAGCGAGAGCUCGCGGGCGCGAAGAUCGCGCGAGACGCGACGCUAAAUCUCGGCGACGGCUCCUCCCUCGGCGCGUUCUCCCUCGACGGGUUCGACGCGGGCAUCGCGCGCGAGGUGACGGCGCGCGUCGACGCGAAGAUCGCGACGCUGACGGCGACGGUCGCGGAGCUCGCCGCGACGGUCGCGUCCGCGACGAAGGAGGAGGCGGAGGCGCGAGGGCAAGCCGCGACGUCAUCGCGCGCCUUCAAGCCGCCGUACGACGAGGUGCACAAACGCGCGCUCAGGCUGCGCUUGGGCGCGGAGGAGCGCGCGGAGCGGCAGAUCGCGCGCGCGCUGGGGAGGGCGGAUCACCUGGUGGAGCACGCGGAGCGGCGACGCAAGGAUCUCGAGAAGAGAGCCGCGGGGAAGGGCGCGGGGAAGGAGAAGGAGGCGCCCGGGAAGGGCGGCGCCAAGGGCGCCGCGACGACGAACGGGACCAGGGUAACCGCCCACGCGACGACGAACGGGGAGAGAGAGGCGAUGGAAGAGCUCGCCGCGCGGGCGAAGAUCGCGCGCGAGGGGCAGGCGCUGUUGAGACGCGCGGCGGACGCCGCGAAGACGGCGAUCGAGUGGAGCAAGCACGAGAUCGAGCGGCUCGACGUCAGGGACCGGCCGUGACGCGACGCGACGCGAGACGAGACGAGACGCGAUGCGUUUUUUUUUUCGAUCGAUGGAUGGAUGGAUCGAUCCGCCGUCCGCCCGGUCUACGCGCGCGCGCGCGCGGUGAAUAUAAACUUUGAGAUGCGAAUAC